AUGCUCUCUUCCCCGUUCUCCUCGAAACUCGGCACAAAUUAUGCCCCCAAUGAUGAGGAACUCGAACGUCUAUCAGUCCUGGUUUCCAAGUUGGAGACGCAGUUGCAACUGCUCGCAUCUCCAACCAUCGAUAAUCGAGAUGAAACUACACCAGAAAGCUUUCGACAUGAACAUAGCGUCCUUGCCCAACAAAUUGACGCCCACAAAGCACUCAUGUCGCCGCUCCGAAGAGUGCCUCUCGAUAUACUGCAGGAGAUAUUCGUCAAAUGCUUACCGGAGGACGAAAACUGCCAGAUGAGCGCGAAUACUGCCCCGCUACUUCUCGGCCGCGUUUGUAGUCUUUGGCGCGAAACUGCCUUUAGCACACCGACGCUGUGGUCGAAGCUCCACGUUCAAGAGCCAGACACGUACUCUCUUGUGGAGCGAAAACACAAGAAGUCUCUCGUAAUACAACUGCUUUCUCGGAGGGAUGCCACAAAAGAGUGGCUUCAGCGAUCCGGCUCAUGCCCGCUCUCGAUUUCAUUUAAGGGCGAUCACCAAGUCACAGUCUUUCAACGGUCUAUUCUUCCGGUUCUUGUCCCAUUUUCACGGCGUUGGGAACAUAUCUCAAUCAAGGCUACGACAAACCUCCUUCCACACAUAGCUUGUAUCACUGCCAAAGAGCUGCCGCUGUUGAAAUCGCUCGAGAUCAUGGAACGCUUCGGAGGCCAGGAUAGCGACCGUGACAUCGACCGUGACAUCAUCCAGCAACCUUGGGGGCUUUUUACGGCUCCGAAUGUUAACAGCCUUGGAAUAUUUGCCGCUUUUUUCCAGGAAUCUAUCCUCACCAUCCAUUGGAACCAACUCGUCAAGCUUGAUAUCAGCCUAGUUCCCAUUGAUUACAGUCUACCCCAGUCCAUCGACUCCCUCAGUAGUCAACGAGCGUUUCAAAUUGCUGCUAUUUGCCCCAAUCUUCGCAUUUAUAGCAUUCUGUUGCAUAACUUUGGGGACUUCACACCACCAAACUCGGUCGCAGAACUUCCACAUCUUCACACAUUCCAUGUCAAAAGUGUAGGCGGGCUUAAUUCAUGCGUCAACGACCUCCUCGCUGGUCGUCUUGUCCUUCCCAAGCUGCGUGACUUGCGCUGGCAUGGAAAAGCCCACCCCCAAAUUCCACUCACCCUCUCAUAUAAACCAUUCUGCACCGCUGCUCGUUAUAUCGAGGUCAUCGAUCUGAGCUUCGACCUUUUCAACAAGGACACGUUGGCCGAAUUUUUAGGCCUCGUCGCACAUACUCUUCGCAAAGUGAAAAUGUGCCCCAGCCACGACGUGGGGCCCGAGGGCUCCGAAUUCGUCUUUGACGAUGACAUUUUGGACACGCUGGGCUCACUCGUCAAUUACCCGGCUCUGGAGGUGCUCGACAUUUCCUUCGCUGCAUUUUCUGAGCAGGCGUUGGUCAAUUUUGUCACUGCCCGGAUGAAAGGGCAACAGCUCAAACGCGUGGCUGUGAGAUUCCGCAACCCGAAAGUGUUGGAUGUCGAGGCCAAGCUAAGCUCAUUUGUCGCUGCAGGGCUUGAGGCAAACAUUGGAUAUCCUAGGCGUCGCUCUUGA